CAAAACCCCCAAAACCAAUAAACAAACCUCUCUCUCUCUCUCUCUAAAUCGCUUCACUGUUGAAGAAGUGCAGCAAAUGAAGAAUCUACUUAUCUACGCUUUUAAUCAACAGAAACUAAUGGAGGAGAAGCAAAAGGAGUCCACACAAGAGAGAGACAGUUCAGCCGAAAAGAUUGCAUUUUCCGAUCAAAUGAUGAUUCCAGAAAGCACCAGCAGCUUGCUCGACCUAUCAACUGAUCAUCCCCACAAGAAUUCUUCUUUCCGAUUCAUAGACAUGCUCAGCGUCCAAGAUUUCGCCAACCCUUCUUCCAUCUUUGACGAUUUGCUACAAAGCGCCGCCGCUCCCUUCCCCCCUCCGCCGCCGCCGCCGGAAUAUUCUGAGGUGGUGAACACGCCGGCGACGCCCAAUUCCUCCUCUGUGUCUUCCUCCUCUGCGGAGGCUGCUGCUGCGAAUGAUGAUCAGAAAGAGGAGCAAGAUCAGGAAAAGGCUAGGAAACAGUUAAAACCGAAAAAGAAGAGCCAGAAAAGGCCAAGGGAGCCGAGAUUUGCGUUCAUGACAAAGAGUGAGAUUGAUAACUUGGAUGAUGGCUACAGAUGGAGAAAGUAUGGCCAGAAAGCAGUGAAGAACAGCCCUUUUCCCAGGAGCUACUACCGUUGCACGAGCACGGCAUGUGGGGUGAAGAAGAGAGUGGAGAGAUCGUGUGAAGAUACGACCAUUGUCGUGACAACCUACGAAGGCACACACCUCCAUCCCUGCCCCCUCACGCCCCGGGGCAGCUUCGCUGGGAUGCCGGAAAGGCUCAUGCUUGACGGAGGUGGAGGAUCGAGCAGUUUCCCACCAAUGUUCCACCACCACCACCACCUCUAUCAGCAGCAAUUACCACCACAACCUAUUCAACACCAACCCUACUUCCAUAAUUUAUUGACUUCUCCUUUGAGCUUUAAUCCUAAUCCAAAUCCAAAUCUUAAUCCGAAUUUUAAUCAUAAUCCUAAUCCUGCAUUGUAUCCUAAUCUAGUUCGAGAAAGACCCUUUUCCCUCCCGGCCUUGGCCAGGGACGACGGCCUGCUUCAAGACAUGCUACCGUCGAAGGUAUUCGAGCAGCAGAAGGAGAAGGAGGAGGAGGACUAAAGAGAGUUAGAUGGAAUAUACUAUAAAAUGAUGGUGCAUAGUCAGAUUGUUACGGGUCCCCCGUCGGCGAGAUUAAAGGAGCGCGAGGUGUCACACGAGGCAGAACUAGACGUCGACACAAACGUAGCGACGGAGCAUCGACAAGCGGCACCGUCGCGUCGAGACCGAUCGGAGCGGAGGAUAACGAGGAGACCCGCGCGGUAUGGUGAAUUUGUCCCUCGUUAAGUAGGAGUCCUUCAUUAGUUAGGAUCCUUAAAUUAGUUAGAAUCUUUUUUGAUUAGUUAGAAUCCUUUUUGGAUUAGUUAGAAUCUUUUCAUUACCGUAAUUAGUUCAAGAAAUUAGUUAUAAAUAGGGCGUCUAUUUCAUUCUUUUCUUCAAGAAAUAAAAAUACCUUUUUACGCAA